AUGAACAGCCAUCAUCCGACAAAGAGCUCUCAAUGGGAAAAAGUCUCCAAAUGGUGGGUUCUGAAAAAGCAAAAAGAUAAAUUUACCGAUCAUCAUCAUCAGCAGGCAACACAAAGCAGCAAUAACGGCAACAAAUUAAAUAGUAAUAAUAACGCUGCUAAUCGGAGAGCCCAAUUUCAGGCAUCGCGUGUGGUUGAGACGAUUGACACGCAACAAAAGGGGAAACCGAGGGCAAGUUCAGCUCCGUUGAAGGCACUUUCGUUCGACGACGGCGGCAAAGGGAACGUUAAUAAGGCAAAUAGGAAGUUUACGAGGCGACGUAGGGCGUUGAGGGAAUUUCAAGAGUGUGACGAAGACAGUGCAAACGAGAGUGUCGAAAACAAGCCUCGAACCGUCAAACAACAAAACGUCACUACCUCAUCAGCGGUAAAUGGAAGACCUCGAAGUGCAUCCAGCAAUGCGGGAGAAGUCGAAACAUUAGUUUCCUUACUCAGCUCCGGCGGCAGUGACUCCGAAAAAGAAGACAAAGAAGUUUCUUCGACAUCGCCCGGCAAAAAUUCACCAACUUCUGCACCCAUAAAAGCGGAUCCUUUGCCAAUUAUCAAGCACAAACCGCCGCCUUUGCGUAAAAUCGGAAAAUCCGUAUCUUUCCAAGAUGAUUCGUACGACGAUGUAACCAAUAACAACAACAACAACUCUCACAAAGAACUCAUGUCACUGCGUCAAAAUUCGGUGAAUCCAAUGCCGACUCGUGCACGGCAAUCGCGCCCCCAUAACGGACCAUUAUCAUCUAAUUCGCUAUUUUUGAAGGAACUCGAGACUCAGGCAAAUAUCCAAAAGCGUGAAUCGCCGCCUGUCGUUGCUUCAGUAGAGCCCGAAACGAAAUCCGACGUGAAAUCAGCUGCAAAAGAAGAACCUUUUCCGGAUAACGUUCAAACAGCGAAGGAACGCGAAUGUUAUCGUUUGUACCAAAAAAUGUCGAGCAUGGGAUUGAAUGUUUCGUUCGACACAGUUUUGCGAGGUAUGUUAACGCCCACAGAACUUCGUGUCAUCCAAAAGAAGAAGGAAUCAGAAUUGGCGCGUCAAGCUACGAUCGAUCAGGAACAACAGCAGCAGGAGGAAAAUGAGGAAAAAUGAAAGAAAGAAGCACAAAAACACAUGAAAAAGUAGCGAACAAAGCCAAAUAUUAUCAAACUCACCCCAAAUAGAGACGUAGAAAUGAUCACAAAAUCCGUAGUUGCGCUUCUAACAAAUCCAUCUUCCUUCAAUCAAGUCAGUUCCUCCAAAAAACGAACAAAAAUCUUCAUUUGAGU